UUGGAAAAUAUCCAGGGCGGGCAUUGGGAUGCUGCUGCACUGAAGGAAGCCAUUCUAAAGCAGCUGGACAUACCACAAAAGAUGUUGCUGAUGACGGUAACCACAGACUACUCACCAACCAUGGUAAGGGCCAAGGCGGAAAUCUACAGGAGCCGGGCCUGGAGAGUAGCUCUGGGAGUGGCUGCUGUGGGAGGUAUGCUGUAUGCAGGAACAUUCGUCAACGGAGCUACGAUGGUGACGGCAACAGAGCUGUUUAAAAAAGGCUUUGGCCUUCACCAGACCUCGGUGAGAAAGCUGGCUAAGUUGACAGGCAAGGAUGAGGGGGAGUUACAACGCUUCGUGGAUGACAAGCUGUCUGUUGUUAGCAAAGUUCAACAACUCCUCAAAGGUGAAAUCAAUGUGAAAACUCUCAGGCAGGCUUUUGUGGCAGCAAAUGCUCAUCUUGACAUCUUUAUGACAGCUCUCGCAGUGGAUGCUGCCGUCGACGUCGCAGUCCCCUUUGUCGGGAGUCUAGCGAUAGUUCCCUUCUCUUUUGGUCUCGCAUGGCGCAUACUCUGUAUUGUCAUCGACGAAUAUGAGCAGUGCGCGCUCGCUUUGCAUGAUUUUGCUUUCCGUUAGCCUAAACUAAUAUACCUACGUAGAU